AUGGAAGACGACUAUUCUAUUGUCUCCGGAGAAAACUCAUAUGCAGAUCGGACGAGACAGCAUUGGAUCAAUCGUAUCGACACCACUUCAGCUUCUCGUCGAGGGGUGAUGACUAUGGAUGAAGUCCGGAUCGAAGUUUCACGGCUUUUCGCGGUGUUGAAGCAGGCAGACUCUCUGUCAACCCAUAUACUGACUGCCGAGCACCUUUCGGUCACAGACGAUGACAAUAAACGUUUUCUGAUCGCCUCAAAGCUUCCUGAUGAUACUCGCUCGCAGCAGUUGUUGAGCGAGAUGCUUAUGGAGUCACCUCGGCAUCCUCUUGACCACCGAAUUCGUAUCGCUCAAGAUUUUAUCACCGCUGUGGCCUACGUCCAUGCUAUGGGCUGGGUGCACAAAGCUAUCCGACCGGCCAAAAUCUUGAUGCUCCAUGCUCAUGACGACGUUCCUUUUCCACAAGGCCUUGCACAUGCCUUCCUUGUUGGGUUCGAGUUUUCCCGUCGCGGCAGCGCCCGAAGUACAGGAACCGGCCAUUGGGGCUGGAAGGAAGACAUCUACCGUCAUCCAGAUCGCCAGAACAGGGACGGCGUCGACCUCGAAAUCUAUUAUACACCCAUGCAUGACAUUUACAGCGUUGGCGUCCUUCUGCUGGAGCUUGGAACCUGA